AUGACCAAGGGCGCAUCGGCGGCGACGGCAUCCCCGCAGUCGGACACGGCAGCAACUGCAAGGCGGCCGCCACCCACCCCUUCGGUCGCAGCAACGAUGCAAUGUGGGAUGCGGGGCGAUUCAGCAACUCUUCUAGUUAUAUAUGGAGUGUCUGUAAGGUUCUUAAAAAAGCUUAUGUUGAUGAUGACUUAUGAGGUUGUGAUCAGCAAUCCUUCUGAUUCUGAAGGCGAAUCUGACAAAGAAAGGAAGGGCAAGGACCAAAUCGUCGGCAUCAGCCAAAUAGAAGAAAGUCACCAAGCCCCUAAGCUAAAGGGUUGA